CGAGCGCACACGGCGUAGAGGAGAGUACGGCGCACGAGUCUCUGGAAGGAGAUAACGGUUUCUUUUUUCCCCUCUCCACUCAAACAACAAGAACGAACUAAACCAGGCUUUUCUCUGGUGUUCAGAGGGUCGUUUAACCACAAAGAGGGGGGGAACGAGGGAUUUGAUCCGCAAGUUUUUUUUCUUUUGCAUUUUUUUUUCCCUUUUCGUAAAAGAGGAUUCUGUGUUUCGCUGUGGUUUGUUCUCCACUCUCGUCGCAAAGAUGAUGGUCGGGGAGAUCGAAGUGAAGGAGCGACCGAGGCCGAGUCCCGACUAUUUGAUGCAAUUAUUAAACGAGAAGAAGCUCAUGACCAGUCUGCCAAAUCUCUGCGGCAUCUUCACACACCUUGAGAGGCUCCUCGAUGAAGAGAUCAACAGAGUACGUAAGGACAUGUACAGCGACUCAGUGAAUGGCUUGGUGGACAAACACCCUUUGGAGCUGCCUGAACCCAUAGGUCCCAUCAUUCACCUGCAGGAGAAACUCUUCGUGCCUGUCAAAGAGUACCCUGACUAUAACUUUGUGGGGAGGAUCCUUGGCCCUCGUGGACUCACAGCAAAGCAGCUGGAAGCAGAGACGGGAUGCAAAAUCAUGGUGCGAGGCAAGAGCUCAAUGAGAGACAGAAAGAAGGAGGAACAGAACAGAGGGAAGCCGAACUGGGAACACCUAAAUGAAGACCUUCAUGUCCUGAUCACAGUGGAAGACACACAGGCCAGAGCUGAGAUCAAGAUGAGGAGAGCAGUGGAGGAGGUCAAGAAGCUCCUUGUACCUGCUGCGGAAGGCGAGGAUAACUUGAAGAAGAUGCAGCUGAUGGAGCUGGCAAUUCUCAACGGGACAUACAGAGACACCAACAUCAAAACACCCACCCUUGCGUUUUCUCUUGCAGCGGCGGCUGCAGCCGCUCAGGGUCCCCGCCUCAUAGCGGCCCCUACAGGUCAGGUGCUGCCUCCCCCGGCACUCCGGCCCCCAACGCCAGCUGGCGCACCCAUCAUGAACAUCAUCCGGCCCACUCAGAUGGCCGCCAUGCUUCCCAAUGGCACCCCAACUCUGGUGCCUCCGACACCGGAUGGCGGGAUUAUCUACACCACCCCGUACGACUACCCUUAUGCCCUGGCACCCACCUCCCUGCUGGAGUACCCCAUCGAGCACAGUGGGGUUCUAGGUAAGAGACCCUGGGGAAGCAUGGGUGCAGCGGGUGUGGCAGCGACCGCCUUUAGCCAGCCCGGACAGGAGGGCAGCUUAUUUUACCCCGGAGCUGGGGUGCUGGACACGGCUUCCAUGAGCCACAGUCAGGACUUGUUGAAAGGUGCAAUGGCUUCUAAAGUGAGACGGCAUGACACGCGGGUCCAUCCUUACCAAAGGAUUGUGACCGCUGACAGAGCCGCCACCGGCAACUAACACAUGACCUUCUGACCUCUGAACUCUUCACCCAAUGACGAGCCGCCCCAAGCCUGCCUGCUGAUCAGUUAACUGGUAAUUGCCUUUUGCUUGCCUCUCGGACGCAAGUGAGAGAGAGAGAGAGAGGCGCCUGCCCGUACAGUUACCCUAACAUGUUUUGACAAAAAAAAAAAAGAAACGAACACAGAAUCUUCAUAGAAACACAACAAAAACCCCAAAAGUUGUGUAAUAUUCAUUUUUUUCCCUCUGUUCAUUGAGUUCAAUUCCCAUUCUUUCUCUUUCUUUUUCCUCAUGAAUCAUAUUGUGGGUGGAUGUGUUAUUACUCAUAAAUCUGCACUGAAUUAUAUAGCAAUAAAGACCCCACCCCACCCUGCCCGCCCCCAAACCCCAUCAAUCUCCUUUGGCUAUUGGUGAUCUCACCAAUAUGAAUCAAACAAAACGCAAUUAAAUCCAAACCAUUUGGUCUCAUAGUGAUGAUGUAAGCCCCCUUAAAAGUUCCCCCUCCCAAAAAUACCUAAGAAUCCCAACCUACUCCCACCCUGCUCUAACACCCAAAUAUCGGGAGAGAAAAAGAAAUGGAAGGAAAGAGAACGUACACUCACACCAACUUGUUUAAUUUCUGUCAUUUUCACAUGUAGUGCAGUUGUUAAGCUCUAAGACGUAAUUACGAGCUGACACAUUCUGGGUGUGCCCCUCAAAACGGCUUUCUGUCUGUUUUUAAAAGCAUGGCUGAAUUGAUUGCAAAUGGAGCUUUUUUUAUGAUUUCUGUGUUUUUGUUCUGUUUUCCUUUUUUUUUUUUUCCAUUUUGAGUCAUUUUUCUCCACUUGAUUUUUGGUGUCUCUGUUGUUCACAUUUGACUAAUUAACUUUGCUCAGAAGGAGUAGCCAAAAAAAAAAGGCAGGUGGUUAAGUCUGGAAAAACACAAUCUGAUGUUUUGAGCAGGUAGCUGAAACUAGGAAUGCUCACGACCGAAUGGGAUGGUUACAAUUUGGGAUGAAGGGUCUGUGUGUUUUUUUUUUUUUUUUUUUUUUUUGUUUUGUUUUGUUUGUUUUUUUUUUAAUUCAUGCUGUUAAUGAAAGUAGGAUGUGUUGCGGUUUAGGGGACAUUGGAACAGUGCAUAUAGCCUACUAGCUACUGACCAUUAUUGUACCCCCAUCCACACUACAUCCAUUAUACAGUGCCUGAUGUAUUUAGAAAAAAUAUCUCAAUGAAUUAGCUGAGCUGUGAUCUAAAAGACAAAAAAAAGUAUUAAGUGUGCGUAUUUAGCCAAAGGGUUUCCCAAUGAGUUAUAUAUCUAUAAUUGUGUAUCUAUCUCGCAGAGGGCUCUCUUCAUGAUUUUAGAGUUUGGAAGGGUGUGAAUUUGUGGUGCCUGCCUUCAGCUGGAAUUGACAGCCAGUCAGUUAGAUGAUUAUCCUCCCAUUAAUGGUCUAGUUUGUUGUGAAGAGAUGAACACAGGCAGUUAACACUAAACAAAGAUGCUACUCAAUUACAGUACAUUGCUGGGGGGGGAGGGGGUCUCUGAAGUUUUGUACAUAAACACUUUUGUCUCUUUUUAAUAUCUGCCUUCUAUUUUGAGUUGUUUCAUCCACAACCGCAUUGCCAAAACAAUAUUUAUGUUGUUGUUUUUCUUUUCUUUUUACAUCUCAACAUUUGGCCAAUUUGUUUCUGUGCUGUUUUUUUUUUUUAUUAUUAUUUUUAUUUUUAUUUUUAACUCAGUUAAAAAUAUAUAGUAAUUGGGACAUCAGGUUGGCCAAUAUGAGUCACCCUGCAUAUAAAAAAAUGAUUUGCAUUUUAAUUGUUUUAGUAUUAAACCGUUUUCUUUUUAACUCUUGGCAAAUCCCCCGAAAAGCUCAUCCACAAUGUGUCACACCUCCCUGUGAUCGUAGUCUCACUCCUGAGCCCAUGAUCUUUUGUUUAACUCUUUCUCAAGAAAAAAAUAGGAUGUGAAAGCCAUGCCUGCCUGUUCAAAUUGCUUUAUACAUACCUGUUAAAUAUAUAAAUAUAUAUAUAAAUAUAUAAAAAUGUAGAUACCUGUCAUUGCAUAUACAAAUACAGAAGAGAACAAAAUUAGAUAAUUUUACAGGGUGCUGGAGAAGAGAAAAAAAUCUAUUUUUGGCAAUUUUAGCUUUUUAUACUUAACUUGCAGUUACAAAAUAUGGUUACAAAAAAAAAAAAAAAAAAAAAGUUUAAAACAGUGUAAUGGAAACCAGAAAAAAGAACGGGUGAGGAAAAAUGCUGUUACUUUGGAUAUUAUUGGCUAGGAAAAUUAAGACCAAAACAGUCAAACCCCCUAGGGAAGUUGCAAGAACUUGGUUUUCGAGAGCAGUGAGAUAGACACCCCGAGAGGUUAAAAGGAUAAAAUCAAAAAGUGCCUUAUCAACAGUCGUUUCUGUUUUCUGAGUAUUGCGAUUAUGUUCAAUAAUAUCCAGCACCAACCAAGAUGGCGCAGAGAGGAAUGGCUAGUGUUACACGCUCUAAAGAGGUGAGCAGGGUAGCUCCCACCAUGUCGUGGCGCUGCCAAAGUUAUUCUAUGCAAAAAGAAUAGCAGUCGUUUGACCAGCUAAAUAUGUGCCAUGGUUUGUCUUCCUGAUUUUAUUUUUUAUUUUUAUUUUUUUAAUUUCCUCUCCUUGUUGACCCUUUACUCUGCCAUAUGAGCAAAUUUUGUUCUCUUUUAUUUUUAUUUGAAUGAUUAUAUGAAUUAUUGUCUUGAUUUUUGGUGACUGUGACAAACGCUUCCAAGAACAAAUUGAACUGCCAAUAGCAAUGCAGUAUUGUCUGCCAGGACAUGUUUUGAUCAUGAGCUGAGAAAAAUACAUCAAAAUUUGAGGAAACUGAUCAGAAAGGGUAUUGGCAGAAUGCCUCCGUUUGUUUCAACAGCUGCAAACUGAAGCUGCAUCCAGUCCAUGCCAGUGUCUCCCCAUGUCAUUUUGACACUGAAGCCAACUAUUAAUAUAAUCAUAAGAUUAUCACCAACAUCGAGCUGCUGGAUAUUGAAACAAGCCCCGAGCAUCUCUAUUUCACAGCCAAAUAGUUUUCAGUUAUUGAAACAACUGACAGUUUAUCGCCGGAAGGUAAAACAAACUCUUUAAGAUCAAAUUGAGGAAUUCUUAAAUCCUGAUACCGCCCUCGGCAGUGUGUUCUUCUAUUCAUAGAUCCUCCAUCAUGCUGUUACACCGAAAGGUCAAUGAAUUUUUUUUUUUUUUUUCAGUGUUAUUAUUAUGAACUCUUUCUUUAAAAUGAAAUGCAAUAUUAAAGUGGAGCAAGAGAUGGCAAUUCAGCAUUUGACAGUAUUAAGAAAAUUCCCUCUGCAAUGUUACAACUUGCUGUGUCAUUGUAAAAGGCUGGAUAAGUCCAUCAGGUGAAAGGUGAACUCUAUACCUACCGUAUUCUCUCUGGCCUGCCUACUACAUGUAUGAUAAUGUAAUUAACAGCCAUUGUUACAGGUUUAUAAUGUAUUUUUCUAAUCUCAUUUUAUAUGUAUAUUAAUCAUGUUUCUGACUGCUUUAUUUUUCUUUUCUUUUUUUGAUGAAACUCACUGCGAUUUUUUUUUUUUUUUAAACGCCCCUCUCUUUCUCCUCCCCCCCUCCCACAACCCCUCUCUCUUACAUCUUGAAAACUGUCUCUCUUGUGGGGAGUGUUGCCUUUCCUAGUUACAUUUUGUUUUGUUUUCUUGCCAAUUCCUAGCUUGUUUAACUCAUUAGCAACUUUAUUAGUUUCCUUGUCAUAAGUAUUUUUACAUGCUUGCAUUUAGUUUUCAUGGUGUAUGCUGUUAUUUUUCUUAUUAACCUCUUGGCAUUUAUUUUAAUAAAACAUUCUUAGUAAGAAUUUUACUAACUUGCUGAUAUUUUUGUCUUGUGUUUUUAACCAGUUUCAUGAAUGUACUACCUUGGUCUGGUUCACGGACUAACACGAUUAAAACUGGUGUCUGGCCACCAUCACUUACACUGACUGAUUGACACACAAACACACACACACACACACUCCUAGUUGCUGUACACGCACACACGCAGAAACACUCAUUAAACAUGCUCAAUAAACAUCCACACAGCCUAACUGGAAACUGCACGAGUUGAUAUCCGUCCCUCACGCCCGCUCACGCACUCUCACCUUUGUGCUGGAAAAAUCUGCUGACACUCUUCAUACCCCAACCCCCUACUCGCCCCCCCCCCCACCCCCACCCCCCCCACACCGCUGCUGUGUCUCGUCUGUGUCAGUGACAACUCUCUUGUCGGUUGUCCUGUCCUCCUGUGUCACUGAACCUGUGAGACAGCAGGCAGUCGCUGCACUGGGAUUACAAAAAGUGCCGCGUUAUUUGAGGUGACCGGUUAACUUUUGGGCCAGUUGUCCUCUCUUCGGUGAAACACGCUCAGAUUAAAAAAAAAAAGAGAGAGAUUUGUCACAACUGUGCAGCAGCGCACCAGCAUGCAUGGGCUACUUCUCAUUGGAUCCAAAUGAAGCCUAAUCCUGAGAUAAAACUCCAUUUUCCCCACUCUUGUCUCAAACCAUUAUUUUAGCGCAGGACAUAGUCUUAAUCUGUGCUACUGGGAGUGCCCCCGUGCAGAAACACAGCACAUUAGUCAUCUCAAAAGGAUUAAAUCCAACUGCGGAUCAUGUCGAGCAGAACCUCUCAUCACCACACAUUACAGACGUAGCGAGCUGUUUGCAACGACACACACACUUGGGACAAAUUUAUAGAUGACAGUUGUGUGAUAGUCUAAAGCUGUCCCCAAUCUCUUUUAUACAUUACUGACAUCCGAUGCUUCCAUGGCUUGUUAUGCCUGGGUAGCGAGCGGUACAGUUAUCACCAGCUGUUGUCUGUUUGGUGAACGCUUCCCCCCGCUCAGCUCGUGGGCUUAUUAUUGAUAUAAUGGCUAAUACCGAGCCGUUUGGGAGCACCCGUAAUGCUUAGAAACACACCACAGCAAUACGAAUUACUUUGGGAUCAAAUCAAACUGUUUCUUUCCAGUGUAAAAUGUUGAUGCGGCAUUAAGCUAGCUAGUAUUUAUUGUUGUUUUUUUUGGGAGUUUUGUCUGAAACACUGCCAGUGUGUGUUGCUCAUUCUACUACAGUGUCAGUGCACUUGUCCUUGGGUUCAUUCAGCUCUUUUUCUCUCUAUUCUGCUUUCUUCCUCCCCCACUAAUUCAAGGUAUUGACACUGACACACAAGCAAAAGAUUAACUUCAUUAAUAUCUUUUUUAUUAUUAUUACUUUAACCCACUGAGUGAUGCCUCCAGGUGUUUUUUUUUUUUUUUUUUUUUUUUUUUUUUUAACUUUCAAAGUAUCUGCACAACAAAAACAACUUGGCCUUAACCGUUCUAAUUCUCCUCAUGUCUCAGCAAGCAAACAAGGAUUAAAGUGUCUAACAUCUAUCUUAACAUUCUCUCCUCUCCGAAAUUAACAUUUUGUUUCUUUGAUCUGAAAACGGGUGGUUUCUCCUGUUACACCUGCUUGUACACCAGCAAACUAGAGAGAGCUAUUGGAUUACUGGCAGCCGGCCAAAAACAUUUUUCUCCUCUAUUUAUAACUAUGCUUUUAUAUGUUUGGUUUUCUCAACCAUAAGCUGUUUCUGUUCGUGUAGGGUCGGCUUUUCUUGCUUUUGAUUGGCCUCCUCUGCGCCGAACAGGAGAACUUGAGCUAAAAUCCGUCCGUUAACAGCAGAUAUAUUUAUGCUGUCACCAGCCGAAGUUUUUUUUUUUUUUGCCUUUUUUUUUUUGCCUUUUUAUGUCAAAGAGGUUUUCAAUGGCUCGCCUCAAAAAAUUGAGCUGAU